GAGGUUCGUCGUCUGUUCUUUUGAUGUACGAAUUUAAUUUACUCACUGUGACUGCCCGGCGCAGGCAUUUGAAGGAAAAUAUCACCCAUUGUCAAUGACUACAAGCUUCACCAUAUUUUGUUGACCCUCAUAAACACACACUUCCCCUUCUUCGUCCGCCGCUUCCACCUCUUCACUCCCUCAACAUUCCCCGCAGCCCAGCAUGGCCAACCCACCACAGCGCACUCAACAGGUACCCCAACAUGUCACCGCGCUCCUAUCCCACCUCACCAGCCGCCCGGGGGUGCAAUCAACCCUGAUCCUCUCCCGCAAAGAUGGCUCCAUCAUCCAAAGCACAGGGCAAAUCGCUGCUCAAGAGAACGCCUCUCCUCGUACCACACCUCCAACCUCAUCCACCACUGAUCAAACCCCGACCGCACAACCCUCCGAUUCAUCCCCCGCCUCCCCAACAUCCCCGACACCAACAACCUAUCAGCCCUCGCAGGCAGAGGCGCUGGCCGCACAUAUCUUCAAUUUUGUCUCCAGUGCCUCUGCGCUAGGAAUCUCCCUGGCCCGACCGAUCACCACGCAGUCCACUACUAAUGGACAUUCUUCAAGUGGAUUGGAUGCGGAGUAUGGGAGCUAUGGGAACGGCACGGGUACGUCCACACCCCGAGAGGAAGAUCAGGAUGGGCAGGGGGACCGUGAGGAGGAGGAUGAAGUCAAAUUGUUGCGUAUGCGUACAAGGAAACAUGAGAUUGUCGUCGUGCCGGAUCGCAAGUAUCUUCUUUGCGUGGUGCACGAUGUCGCGCAUGGAGGCGGUGGUCCUGGGGCGACGGGUGCUCGUUCGUCGCGGUAGAUAGGUUCUAUUUCAAAUCUUCUUUCUUUUUUUUGGUGCCUAUUUCUUUUUCCUUUUCUGGGGCAAUGUUGCUUGAUACCUUGGUGUCUUGGUGGUUGUGAUUUUUCGGGUUGCUUGUUUUUCUUACAGUGGUUUUUUUU